GAGGAGCGGGCGGCGGCGGCGCGGGCGAGCCCAAGGGGAGGGUCGGUGGCUCAUCCAGUCCCCGCAGCCACCCGCGCGCAGCGCAGCUCGGGAGCGGGACGCUGCGCUCAGAGCCCCGGCAGCGCCCACCCUUCCUCCCGCGUCGCGCGCCAGCGCCCGCUCCGCCCGCGACUUCAGUUCGGCUCCACCCCCGCGUGGCGGCGGCUCACUCUGUCCGAACCCGUGCUCGGCACCAACCCAGCCCGGGCAAGCGGCCGCCACCUGCCUAGCGCCGCCACGGCCCGCCCCCACCGCGGCCCAACUUGGAUGGAGUUGGGGUCCUGAGCGCCUGCCCCUCGCAGCCGGCCAGCUGAGAGCCCUGCACCGCCGCCUCUGGUCCGGGACCCCUUCUCCGCUCCUCUCCGCUCCCGCGAUGGGAAAAGUUGGCGCCGGCGGCGUCUCCCCAGCCGGGCUGAGCGCGCUCCUCGCGGGCGCCGGGCUCUUGGUCCUCUGCGCUCCGGGCUCCUGCGGCGGCGGCUCCUGUUGUCCCCCGCGGCAUCCCAGCGCGGCUCCACGCUGGGCUCCGACCCCAGGGGGGCUUCCUCACCAGGGACCGCGAGGCAGAGCUCCUGCUACGCCCCUGCCCCAACUCGGACGCCCCCUGUUCGCAGUGGCCCCCGGAGACCGAGCGCUGUCCCUGGAGCGGGCCCCGGGCACUGGGGCGUCGGUGGCGGUUGCUCCACGCUCUGGCCGGAAGAGACGGAGUGGAGAGGAUCAAGAGAAGGCUGAGCGAGGAGAGGGGACGAGUAGAAGCCCUCGGGGAGUGCUAAGGGACAGAGGGCAGCUCGAGCCUGGGACUUUGGAGCGGGACCCGGACAAAGCCACUCGCUUCCGGCUGGAGGAGCUGAAACUGACCAGCACCACGUUCGCGCUGACGGGCGACUCAGCACACAACCAAGCCAUGGUCCACUGGUCUGGCCACAACAGCAGCGUGAUUCUCAUUUUGACAAAGCUGUAUGACUAUAACCUGGGGAGCAUCACUGAGAGCUCGCUUUGGAGGUCAACCGAUUAUGGGACAACCUAUGAGAAGCUGAAUGAUAAAGUUGGGUUGAAAACGAUUUUAAGCUAUCUCUACGUGUGUCCUACCAACAAGCGUAAGAUUAUGUUGCUCACAGACCCAGAGAUUGAGAGCAGUUUACUGAUCAGCUCGGACGAAGGAGCAACCUAUCAAAAAUACCGGCUGAACUUUUACAUCCAGAGCUUACUUUUCCACCCCAAACAAGAGGACUGGAUUCUGGCAUACAGCCAAGACCAAAAGUUAUACAGCUCUGCUGAAUUUGGGAGAAGGUGGCAGCUUAUCCAGGAAGCGGUUGUUCCAAACAGAUUCUACUGGUCUGUGAUGGGGUCGAACAAGGAACCGGACCUUGUGCAUCUAGAGGCCAGAACUGUGGAUGGUCAUUCACAAUACCUAACAUGCCGAAUGCAGAACUGCACAGAGGCCAACAGAAAUAAACCUUUCCCAGGCUACAUCGACCCAGACUCUCUGAUUGUCCAGGACGAUUAUGUGUUUGUUCAGCUGACAUCAGGGGGACGGCCACAUUACUACGUGUCCUACCGAAGGAAUGCGUUUGCCCAGAUGAAGCUCCCCAAAUAUGCUUUGCCCAAGGACAUGCACGUCAUCAGCACGGAUGAGAACCAAGUGUUUGCAGCGGUCCAAGAGUGGAACCAGAAUGACACGUACAACCUCUACAUCUCAGACACACGUGGAGUCUACUUCACCCUGGCCUUAGAGAAUGUCCAGAGCAGCAGAGGCCCUGAGGGCAACGUCAUGAUCGACCUCUAUGAGGUAGCAGGGAUAAAGGGAAUGUUCUUGGCUAACAAGAAGAUUGACAACCAAGUGAAGACUUUCAUCACAUACAACAAAGGCAGAGACUGGCGUUUGCUGCAGGCUCCAGACACAGACCUAAGAGGGGACCCUGUGCACUGCCUGCUGCCCUAUUGCUCCCUACACCUUCACCUUAAGGUCUCUGAGAAUCCCUACACAUCAGGGAUCAUCGCCAGCAGAGACACAGCCCCCAGCAUCAUAGUGGCUUCAGGUAAUAUAGGUUCUGAGUUGUCAGACAGUGACAUCAGCAUGUUUGUUUCUUCAGAUGCGGGAAACACUUGGAGACAGAUCUUUGAAGAAGAGCACAGUGUUUUGUAUCUGGAUCAAGGUGGAGUCCUGGUUGCUAUGAAGCACACAUCUCUCCCAAUUCGACAUCUCUGGUUGAGUUUUGAUGAAGGGAGAUCUUGGAGCAAAUACAGUUUCACAUCUAUUCCCCUUUUUGUGGAUGGGGUUCUGGGUGAACCUGGGGAAGAGACUCUCAUCAUGACAGUGUUUGGACACUUCAGUCACCGCUCUGAAUGGCAGCUGGUCAAAGUGGACUACAAGUCCAUUUUCGAUAGGCGUUGUGCCGAGGAGGACUACAGACCCUGGCAGCUGCACAGCCAGGGGGAAGCAUGCAUCAUGGGAGCGAAGAGGAUAUAUAAGAAGAGAAAAUCCGAGCGGAAAUGCAUGCAGGGAAAAUAUGCAGGCGCCAUGGAGUCUGAGCCCUGCGUCUGCACAGAGGCUGAUUUUGACUGUGACUAUGGUUAUGAACGACACAGCAACGGUCAGUGCCUGCCAGCCUUUUGGUUCAAUCCAUCCUCUCUGUCGAAGGACUGCAGCUUGGGGCAGAGUUACCUCAAUAGUACUGGGUAUAGAAAGGUGGUUUCCAAUAACUGCACCGAUGGAGUGAGAGAACAGUAUACAGCCAAGCCACAGAAGUGCCCAGGGAAGGCCCCGCGGGGGCUGCGGAUCCUCACUGCUGAUGGAAAGCUGACUGCGGAGCAGGGGCACAACGUUACUUUUAUGGUGCAGCUGGAAGAGGGUGACGUCCAGAGGACACUCAUCCAGGUGGACUUCGGGGAUGGCAUCGCAGUGUCUUAUGUCAACCUCAGCUCCAUGGAAGAUGGGAUCAAACACGUCUAUCACAAUGUGGGCAUUUUCCGAGUGACCGUGCAGGUGGACAACAGUCUGGGGUCUGACAGCGCCGUCCUGUACUUACAUGUAACUUGUCCCCUGGAGCAUGUUCACCUGUCUCUUCCCUUUGUCACCACGAAGAACAAAGAGGUCAACGCCACCGCCGUGCUGUGGCCCAGCCAAGUGGGCACCCUCACUUACGUGUGGUGGUACGGGAACAACACCGAGCCCCUGAUCACCUUGGAGGGAAGCAUAGCAUUCAAGUUUACUUCUGAAGGGAUGAACACCAUCACAGUGCAGGUCUCAGCUGGGAAUGCCAUCCUGCAAGACACGAAGACCAUCGCGGUGUAUGAGGAAUUCCGAUCUCUUCGCCUGUCCUUUUCUCCAAACCUGGACGAUUACAACCCGGACAUUCCUGAGUGGAGGAGAGACGUCAGCCGAGUUAUCAAAAAGGCCUUGGUGGAGGCCACCGGGGUUCCGGGCCAGCACAUCUUGGUGGCAGUGCUGCCUGGCCUGCCCACCGCUGCCGAGCUCUUUGUCUUACCCCAUCAGGACCCCACAGGAGAAAACAAAAGGCCAGCCGAGGACCUGGAGCAGAUAUCAGAACUGAUGAUUCACAAGCUCAACCAAAACUCCGUGUACUUUGAACUGAAGCCGGGGGUCCAAGUCCUUGUCCACGCAGCCCACUUAACAGCAGCCCCGCUGGUGGACCUCACUCCAACCCACAGUGGCUCUGCCAUGCUGAUGCUGCUGUCCGUGGUGUUUGUGGGACUGGCGGUGUUCGUCAUCUACAAGUUCAAAAGGAAGAUCCCGGGGAUUAAUGUUUAUGCCCAGAUGCAGAAUGAAAAAGAACAAGAGAUGGUCAGUCGAGUCAGUCACCCUGAAAGCAGGCCCUAUGUCCCUCAGACUGAACUCAGGCGGCCUGGCCAGCUGAUAGAUGAGAAGGUGGAGUCCCAGCUCAUAGGAAGUAUUUCCAUAGUUGCUGAGAAUCAAAGCACAAAAGAAAUCCCUACCUAUGUAAAUGUUUGACUGGAGGACGCCAGUAAAAACAAAAACAAACAAAUAAAAUAAAAACAAUCAAAAUCCAAACAGACAAACAAACACUCACUGCAUCGGGACUUUUUAAUUCUUCAGACACAACAAGGGUUUUUAGCUUUAAGCCUGUGCAUGUGGACAGUACCUUGAGAACAUGCUUGGAGGGGUAGUGUACAGGUGCUCUAUUUUAAUGGAAAAAACACUCCCCUCCCCCUUUCUUCUUCUCUCUCUUUUUUCUGAUCGGUCGUGUUUGUAGAAAAUUCCUAACAUAUAUAGGCCAAGGAGAUCUGCAUGUAUUUUUGGAAAUAUUCUUGGCUCUAGAUUUAACAGCUCUUUUAGCACUAUAGGCUGAUGGGUGGAUUAGCCACCCCGGCUCUUUUCACAAGACACAAAGACAUGCACAGGAGUUCAAAACCCUGAGCUGUUUCUCUGUUCCACUUUCCUUGUUGCUAUUUUCCCCUUCUAAGUUAUCUUGGGGAGCUCUCUUGGCUGACAGCGGUCACAAGGUGGCCUUCUCCAUUCUGAGUGGCCAUAGGGACAAAGAAGCAACUUCAGGCUCCAUGGAUUCAGGCAGAAUAGGGAAGGAAGGAAGGAAGGAAGGCAGGGGGCAAGUGUGUCAAAAGUGGACCUGGGUUUCCCGUUUCCCCUUCCAAUCAUGAUGACCUCUCCUCUAGCUUUCCCUACUCCUGCCCUGUGUAGGAAACAGAAUCCCAGUUUACCCGCGUUCUGACCUUCCCAUUUGUCUGCUCUCCAAGUGUGGUCACGAUCUGUCAAUGCCUUUGUAUCUCUUCCUUCCAGUCCCCAACUUACCCUACAACAGCUCCUGCCUUUUCUUCCCAAACACGUUGCUAGAUUCUGGACUUUCAUCCUGAUGUUCCUUAAAAACUGACCUCGUCUCUGCCAACCCUGCCUCCACCACCCAAAGUUUCUGAUCUCUGUGUCAGCUUUGCACAUGUCCACGCAUGCAGCCUCCAUAUACAUCCUGCCCUGCAGGGGUCAGCUUCAUGUGUUUGUUUGGUUUUUUUUUGUCUCCUCCUGUAGAACCUGCCUUUUCUAAGUAUCCUUGCCUUUCCCCACCUGGAAACACAUAAUGUGUGUGAAAGAGUUGAGAGAUGCAAAGCAAGUCAAACCUGGCCCAUGUAUCUUAGAAAAGAAAGUGUACGAAUGAAUGGUCGUUUUUCCUCACAGCUUAACAAAUAUCUCCUGCAGUCAGAUUCCAGAAGAUUCUUGUGAGAAAUGUUCUGCAUGUGUUACUGUGUGGCAGGGCAAUUUCCUCCUGUGAUGGUUGCUAUUACCCAGUAUUUCUUCUUUUACAGUAGAGUGAAAUUAUUUGUAAAAUAAAACCGAUGUUAAGCAGAAGAAGAACCUAGUUAAUGGAUUUAAUGUUUAAGAGUGUCAAAAAGUCUAAGAAUAUAUGGAGGUCUUGCCAUAUUGGGAUGGGAUUGUGGUUAUGUCGGAUGACCCUAGACUUCUACAUGUGUGCUCUCUGCUCUGUGAGUCUCAUAGUAUCAGCAAAGGACAAUUUAAUAAGUGUAAAGGGGUGGAGUGAGCAGACUCAGGCAGAUUGGCUCAAAGCAGGAAGAAAUCCCCGUUCUCCCAGGGCCAUCAGAAAAGAAGGUCCAGAGACAGUGGGAAACAAAAGUAUGUCCAACAGCAGCCCUUGGAGUAUUAUGGAUUGGAUAAAGCCCACUCUAAAAUAUAAGAGAAAGGACAAUGGCAGUGUCCUAGAGAUCCUGAUGACCCCUGCCUUUGUGUAGCUCAAGUAAGGAAGAGUAGCAAAUCUUCAUUCAGAAGUUAAUCAAGCAGAAGAGUUUAUGGUUGAAGAUGCUUGGUAUGAAUCUGGGAAACAGAUUGUGCCUGAGGCCGCCAUCUAUUUGUAGAACUCAAUUGAUCCCCAACCUGCCAGGCUUCCUAUCCCAUAGGAAACAUUUUCAUUGAUCCUCUUCGAUUGGAGCCUCCCAAAUUUAAUCUGGAAGACAGUGUUUGGAAACCAAACGAGGCUCAUUCACAACAGAACAGGGAGUCAUCAGAGUUGCAGUUCAAUUAAUUUUAAUUGGAAAACUGAAAAAGGGAAUAAUACUCAAUCUAGCACAGUGCCUUGCUUAGAAUAGGUAUUAAGAAAAUUAAUGUUGGAAGAAUUAGUGUU